AUGAUAACACUGCCUACAAUAAUAUUGACAUCGCCAACUGAAUCUCCACCUGUCACUAGUGAACAUAUUUCUGAUAUGUGUGAAGAAAUGAAAGUUAUGUUUAUACGAAGUCAAAAUCCUGGAUGCAGAUUGGAAUACUUAGCACAACACUGUUUACGAUUCAAUAAUGAUCUUAACUUUUACGCGGAAGAAUAUGUAAAAAUUAAUAACAUUUCAAGUACCAAUGAGAUACCAACCGUUAUCAAAGAAGAUGAAUUGUUCAAUAAUAUAACCAUCAUCAAUACUUUAAAGAUACUUUUAAAGAAGGCAUUUAUGUUACAUCUGACACUUGAAGUUUCGCAUUUAACCAACUAUAAUAUGGAUAACCAUCAUACAUUACAACAAGUAAAGGAAUUAGAUCAUUUAACUAGUGAUUUGACUAUUCCAAAUUUAACCCAAAAGAAUGCUACUAAUCAAAUUAAUAUAUCAGCAUCGGCUUUAUCAAGACGUCGUAUACGUAGAUCACACAGAUAA